AUGAAGACCGUACUCCUAGCAGUACAAAUUUUAUACUUCUCGAGCCAAGUUUCCGCAGUAGAUCCGAAUUUACCCGAAAUUCCGGAAAAUUUUCUAGUCGGGGCUGGAUCAUCUGCGUAUCAAGUUGAAGGUGCAUGGAAUGUCAGUGAUAAAGGUGAAGGAAUGUGGGAUCGAUGGACACAUAACAAUGCAUCCUACUUCGGCAGUGGAGGUAAUGGAGAUAUAGCGGCUGACUCUUAUCACAAGUAUAAAGAAGAUGUACAAUUAUUGAAAAGCAUGAAGUUGGAUGUUUAUCGUUUUUCGAUAAGUUGGUCACGAGUUUUGCCAACCGGAUCGCCGUAUCGAGUCAGUAGAGAUGGAAUUCAGUAUUACAAAAAUCUUAUCAAUGAGUUACUGGCCAAUGGAAUUGUUCCAUUUCCAACAAUGUAUCAUUUUGAUGAUUUGCAAUCGUUGAUGGAGAAGACGGGCGGAUGGGCUAAUGAAUCGAUGGUCGAAUAUUUCGCUGAUUAUGCUAGAGUUCUGUUCAGAGAGCUCGGGCCCAAAGUAAAACACUGGACCACUAUCAAUGAGUUGAACAUCUACUGCGGAUAUAUUUUUUAUCAUAACGAGACUGAUCCAGAUUUAGCCUUCUCAGCUCGUUAUCGUUGUGUACAUAAUCAACUGAAAGCGCAUGCACGUGCUUAUCACAUCUACAACGAGGAAUUUCGUUCUACCCAAGGAGGUCAAGUUGGACUGGUCGUCCACAGCACUAAUUAUGUUCCAGUGGUUGCUGGUGAUGUUGAAAGUAGCAAAAUUGCAUUUGACUUUGACACUGGAUGGAUAAUGCAUCCGAUAUUCUCGAUGGAGGGAGGCUAUCCGGAAGUCAUGAAACAGAGAAUUGCUGAGAAUAGUAGAGCUGAGGGAUUGUCCUCUUCAAGGUUACCAGAAUUUUCUCCGGAGUGGACUGAUUACAUCAGAGGAUCUUCUGACUACUUGGGUAUCAAUCAUUUCGUAACUUCCGUGGUUGAGCGAGUUCCCAAAAGAAAUGGGAGAUGGUACGAUGAUUUAGGCCUCAGGAGAACCCAGUUGACUACCUCAGGCACUAGAAUAUACCCUGAAGGUAUCGGAGCAGUUCUCAGACAGAUAAGAGAUGAGUAUUAUAAUCCACCAGUCUAUAUCUUGGAGAAUGGAAUGGCGGAGGGUGCAACAUUCAAUGACACCGACAGGAUUUACCAUUUGCAUUUCUACAUGAAGGAAGUGAUGUCAGCUCUCAAUGAUGGCUGCGAUAUUCGGUCGUACGCGGUUUGGAGUCUGUUGGAUAGCUUCGAGUGGGUCGCUGGAUACACGCAACGUUUCGGACUCAUCCACGUAGAUUUCAAUCAUCCUAAUCGUACAAGAACUCCGAAGUUAUCUAGCUAUUGGAUGAAAGCCGUCAUGGAGGGCAGAAAAUUGAUACCAAUCUGGAGAUAAUGAAGAUUAGUUAGAUACAGUGCCAAUCAUAUUUGCCAAUUAGCGACUUUUGUUUCCUACGUUCAUCAUUAUCUUUCCCACUCUAAUUCCAGCCAAUCAGUGGACAGUAUUUGAGGUCAUGAGAGAGUUUUUAUUCCCCUUUACCUCACGAAUAUUUACUCACUUUUCAUUUUUUCCAAGCGAAGAAAGAAAAUUUGUGAUAAUAUUGAUUGAUGGCAAAGUCAAUUGUAAUUGAUUGAAUGUGAAAUAUAAGAUAAAUUUCAAUCAUGUACUUGGCUCAUAUUUUUCAGAUGGACUCGUCAAUCCGUUCGAUGUAAAUAUAAUUAUAAUACCGCAUACCUUAAUUGGCAAUGAUACAAGAGAGAUUAAUACAAGUUUCCUUAUUUAACUG